ACUAGAGGUUCUAUAGGAACUAUGGCUUAAGAUCUAGUUCAGUAGUUCAUUUAAAAGACCCGGUAAUUAGAACAAGUUCGGACCGAACCGACCUAACUCUGCCAAAAAUGAGGAAGUACCAGCAACUUGCCCUGUUGCUAAUAUCUUGCUUCAGUAUAGGCGUACUUUUAAUGUACAAAAGUGAAAACAAUCGCCUAAAAUACGUGCUUAAGUAUGUGAACUUCUUCGGAAGAAGCGACGCCGCGAUUUUGAGGCGCCUCGAAAAGAAUGCUACAAAGGAGGACCUGACAUUGCCGGCUCUCUCGAAGCCGUUGCCAGUCUUUCAGCUGAUAGGAGAAUCUUUUCAUGCGUAUUCCGCAUUCUGGAAGCGUAACGAGUUAGUAGCCAGAGGCGAAGCGCACAUUCUUGUUGUGGGGAAAAAAGGCGCAGUGGUAGAUUUUCGUUGUACCCUCAUCUAUGAUGGAGGAGCUCGAAGCGUACAAGGCAAGUUUCGCUUUCAACGAGAUGCUAACGAAAGUAUCGCAGAAGACAAGUCAACAACAUUCACAAACUAUAACUUCUACUGCCUUGUGAACCGUGAUUUUGGUAAGCCGGAAUAUGUUUCAUUAAUGGAUACAACGGCGUCUCUAAAAACCCAAAUGAAGCUGCGAUUACGAUAUUUAAAACCAUCGAAUAAGAAUACUGAAUCGAACCUUCUUGCGCGAUUACCUGCCACGAUAUGCGUUGAUUUAGUGACGUAUAAUAUGAGCUCAAACAAUAAUAAUCUGUUACAAUUCUUUCUAUAUCACCAAGCCCUCGGGGUAGAACAUUUUCUAGUUUAUAACUACGAUCAGCUGCCAGAAAAAGUAAUUAGCGUAUUGGAGCGUACAAGUAUGCAUCUUUAUGCACUACCAUUCAACUUUCCGUUUGUUCAAGCCAAUGGAACUGUUACACGUAUCCGGCAGCUGAUCCUAACAGAUUGUUUACUACGGAACUCGAAUUAUGCAGCCCUAACCAUGCUGUUGACACCAAAUGAAUUUUUCUAUCCGAGUGUACGCAUUGUGGGCGACCAAUCGCAACUUUCCUUUUAUCGUCAAUUACGACAUUACACCACGGAGAUAUCGAGAUUUCAGAUGGCCACAUUUUCUGUUUGCAUCGAUACGAAUAGAAAGUUGUUAAUAGAUAAUACACAUUAUGAUCCGGAGCUAAAGCCGCCACACAAAAUGUUCUUUUACCGCUUGGAUCAACAGUCAUCACAAUUGCUAGCGCUAACUCAGGCGCAAAGCGUUGAGCUGCCGCUCUCGUCUGCAUUUGUGCAUCGCUAUGUACACUGCCAGCACGUAGGAGAAGAUGGUCUACACGACUGGCGGAAUGGAGUGCGGGAGGACUUUAUGGAACACAUCAAUGCCUUACGCAACGAAGUGGAUGUGCUAAUAUAGUAGAAAUCACAUAAUAAGACUCAAAAUCUAGUCUAAGUUUCAGGUUAAGAUCUAGCUGACUCCCCUUUGGUUUAAUAUGCAUAUAAGAAAUUACCUGACUGCCAAAAGUAAAACGCCAUAAAUUAUCCAUUGGAUACAAGCGAAUUUUGUAUUGUAUAUGUAAUAUAGAAACUAAACAUCAUUUGGUAGCAAGCAGCAUGUAAUUCCGAUGCUUUUUUUCCCGAAAGUACCAUAUCUAUAACUUCAAUGAUUCUUAAUUAAAUAUGAAAUUUUUAAUUGUUUUAUUGGAA